AUGAGGAGCCGGAGUAACUCGGGGGUUCGGCUGGACGGCUACGCUAGGCUGGUGCAUCAGACCAUCCUGUGCCAUCAGAAUCCAGUGACUGGCUUGCUUCCAGCCAGCUAUGAUCAGAAAGAUGCUUGGGUCCGGGAUAAUGUGUACAGCAUCUUGGCUGUGUGGGGCUUGGGCCUGGCCUAUCGGAAGAAUGCAGAUCGGGAUGAAGAUAAGGCAAAGGCCUAUGAACUGGAGCAGAGUGUAGUGAAGCUGAUGAGGGGACUGCUGCACUGCAUGAUCAGACAGGUGGAUAAAGUAGAGUCCUUCAAAUACAGUCAGAGUACCCAGGAUAGCCUCCAUGCCAAGUACAACACAAAAACCUGUGCCACUGUAGUGGGUGACGACCAGUGGGGACACCUGCAAUUGGAUGCUACUUCUGUGUACCUGCUCUUCUUAGCACAAAUGACUGCCUCAGGACUUCAUAUCAUCCACAGCCUAGAUGAAGUCAAUUUCAUCCAGAACCUUGUGUUUUACAUUGAAGCUGCAUAUAAAACUGCUGACUUCGGUAUAUGGGAACGUGGAGACAAGACCAACCAAGGGAUCUCAGAAUUGAAUGCCAGUUCAGUUGGAAUGGCCAAGGCAGCCCUAGAAGCAUUAGAUGAACUGGAUCUGUUCGGUGUGAAAGGUGGGCCCCAAUCAGUUAUUCAUGUCCUUGCUGAUGAAGUACAACACUGCCAGUCUAUCCUUAAUUCAAUACUUCCCCGGGCUUCAACAUCCAAAGAGGUUGACGCUAGUCUACUUUCAGUUAUAUCCUUCCCAGCCUUUGCAGUAGAAGAUAAUCAGUUGGUGGAGGUCACAAAACAGGAAAUCAUCACCAAACUUCAGGGUCGUUAUGGCUGCUGUCGCUUUCUACGAGAUGGAUACAAAACCCCUAAAGAGGAUCCCAAUCGCCUAUACUAUGAACCAGCUGAGCUGAAGUUAUUUGAAAAUAUAGAGUGUGAAUGGCCAUUGUUCUGGACAUACUUUAUCCUCGAUGGGGUCUUCACUGGCAAUGUUGAACAGGUUCAAGAAUAUAGAGAGGCUCUGGAAGAAGUCCUCAUCAAGGGCAAAAAUGGAGUCCCACUUCUGCCUGAGCUAUACAGUGUUCCCCUUGACAAGGUUGAUGAAGAAUAUCAAAAUCCCCACACUGUGGACCGAGUCCCCAUGGGAAAAUUGCCUCAUAUGUGGGGUCAGUCUCUAUACAUUUUAGGAACUUUGAUGGCAGAGGGAUUUUUAGCUCCUGGAGAAAUUGAUCCCCUGAAUCGUAGGUUUUCAACUGUACCAAAGCCAGAUGUUGUGGUUCAAGUUUCCAUUCUAGCUGAGACAGAAGAAAUUAAGGCCAUUUUAAAGGACAAGGGAAUUGAUGUGGAGACCAUUGCUGAGGUGUCCCCCUUCAGAGUACAACCAGCUCGUAUUCUCAGCCACAUUUAUUCCAGCCUAGGGUGUAACAGUAAAAUGAAACUCAGUGGCCGACCCUAUAGACAUAUGGGAGUCCUUGGAACAUCAAAACUCUACGACAUUCGGAAAACUAUCUUUACCUUCACUCCACAGUUUAUAGACCAGCAACAGUUCUACUUGGCUCUGGACAAUAGUAUGAUAGUGGAAAUGCUUAGAACAGACCUCUCCUAUCUCUGUAGCCGCUGGAGGAUGACAGGACAGCCUACGAUCACCUUCCCCAUCUCACACACUAUGCUUGAUGAAGAUGGAACCAGCUUGAAUUCAAGUAUCCUGGCAGCACUACGAAAAAUGCAGGAUGGCUAUUUUGGUGGGGCAAGGGUUCAAACAGGUAAAUUAUCAGAAUUUUUGACAACAUCUUGCUGCACACAUUUGAGUUUCAUGGACCCUGGACCUAAAAGUAAGCUGUACAGUGAAGAUUACAAUGAUUAUAGUGAGCUAGAAUCCUGUGACUGGAUGAAUAGCUAUGAGUCAACCAGUAAUGAUGUUCACAUGUAUCUUCCUGCAAAGAUAGUUGAGGCUUCCCGGCCUUCAUUCAACUUACUUGACUCACCUCCUCCCCCACAAGAGGACCAGGUUCCCUCAGUUCAUGUAGAAAUACAUCUUCCGAGAGACCAGUCUGGGGAGGUGGACUUCAAAGCACUGGUUUUACAGUUAAAGGAGACCUCCAGCUUUCAGGGACAAGCUGAUAUCCUCUACAUGCUAUAUACUAUGAAGGGACCUGACUGGGACACUGGAUUGUAUGAUGAAGGGAGUGCAACAGUCAGAGAGCUUCUUACUGAGCUAUAUAGCAAAGUUGGAGAAAUCCGUCACUGGGGCUUGAUCCGGUAUAUCUCUGGAAUCUUAAGGAAGAAGGUGGAAGCACUCGAUGAGGCCUGCACAGACCUUCUCUCCCACCAGAAACAUUUGACAGUGGGACUCCCUCCAGAACCUCGAGAGAAGACUAUCUCUUCACCUCUGCCCUAUGAAGUGCUCACUCAGCUGAUAGAUGAAGCCAGUGAAGGGGACAUGAACAUUUCAAUCCUGACACAGGAAAUAAUGGUAUAUCUAGCUAUGUAUAUGCGAACUCAACCUGGCCUUUUUGCUGAAAUGUUUCGACUUCGAAUUGGUCUGAUCAUACAAGUUAUGACAACAGAACUGGCCCAUUCCCUUCGAUGCUCAGCUGAGGAAGCCACAGAUGGCCUGAUGAAUCUCAGCCCUUCAGCCAUGAAGAGCCUCCUGCAUCACAUUCUCAGUGGAAAGGAGUUUGGAGUAGAACGCAGUGUGCGCCCCACUGAUUCAAAUAUCAGCCCUGCCAUUUCUAUUCAUGAGAUUGGUGCUGUUGGAGCUACCAAAACUGAACGAACUGGGAUCAUGCAGUUAAAAAGUGAAAUAAAGCAGUCACCUGGAAUCUCUGUGACUCCAAGUAGUGCCUCCUUUCUUAGUGCAUAUAAUCAAAAGACAUUUAAAGAUAAUCGUCAAGGUCAAUGGCAACGUCGAAGACGGCUGGAUGGAGCACUGAACAGAGUCCCAAUUGGAUUUUAUCAAAAAGUAUGGAAAAUUUUACAGAAGUGUCAUGGACUUUCAGUAGAAGGUUUUGUUCUACCUUCUUCAACCACUAGAGAGAUGACUCCAGGGGAGAUUAAAUUCUCUGUUCAUGUGGAGUCUGUCCUAAAUCGUGUGCCUCAGCCAGAAUACCGCCAGCUUUUGGUUGAAGCCAUUCUUGUUCUCACCAUGAUGGUAGAUAUUGAAAUUCAUAGUAUUGGAAACAUUAUUGCUGUGGAAAAAAUAGUGCAUAUUGCCAACGACUUGUUCCUUCAAGAACAGAAAACCCUCGGCGCUGAUGAUAUCAUGUUGGCAAAGGAUCCUGCAUCUGGCAUCUGCACUCUUCUGUACGACAGUGCACCCAGUGGCAGGUUUGGCACCAUGACCUACCUCUCCAAGGCAGCCGCCACCUACGUGCAGGAGUUCCUGCCCCACAGCAUAUGUGCCAUGCAAUGA